AUGAAUAUCGUUCAUGACAUAUCUAAUGGACAAGAGCCAUAUCCCAUUAGUUUAGUGUAUGAUAAUAUUGAUGAACUGGAAGAAUCAAAACGAGAGCAUCAAAAGGUAAUAUCAAGAUGGUAUCAUACGUCCGACAUUCCAUCCUGUCAAACGGAACGUCUUUGUCUCCAUACUACGAUGGAUGUGAUUGCACCGACAAUUGCCAAUCCGAGGAUUGCGGAUGCAAAGCGACUCAUGGCAAGCUUUUUCUACGAUAGCCAAUCCCUACGAACACUAAAUCCGAUUUUCCUUUCACCGUCUCGCAGUCUUCCGGCCCACUCCGCUCCAACGCCGCUUCAAAAUAUCUACGAAUGCAACCAAUCCUGCACUUGCUCUCCUUCCUGUCCUAACAGAUUGACCCAAAGAGGUCUCACGACACCUCUAAACGUAUUCCCUACCGGUACGCGGGGAUGGGGCGUUCGUGCUGUCGAGAAGAUUGUCAAGGGGCAGUUUGUAUGCGAAUAUGCCGGUGAGAUUAUUCACACCGAAAAGGCAAGGACCAUAUGGAAAACAAAUACAAAAGACAAUAAAAGAAACUAUGUUUUUUGCUUGAGGGAGAUCAUACAUGAUCGUAUUCAGCGGACGAACAUCGACGCCACAACUUUUGGUAACGUUGCGAGAUAUUUCAAUCAUUCAUGCGAGCCUAACAUGCAAAUCCACAUAAUUCGUGUCGACUCGAUCGUUCCUGUUGUUGGCUUCUUUGCUAAUAGAGAUAUUCUUCCAGGCGAAGAGUUGUGUUUCGAUUAUGGAGGUGUUAGAGAUAUACAAGAGAGAAUGAAGGAGAAAGAAACGAAGAACAAAAAUGUGGCUUUGACCAAAUGUCUAUGUGGGAGCGAGAAAUGUAAAGGGUUCUUGCCAUUCGACGAAUCUUUGUAA